GGUGACCCUGGUGCGGCACCGCUCCCUGCGGAAGUCGCUGCGGGACCGUGGGCAGCUCUCCCACUUCUGGAAAGCCCACAAGCUCGACAUGGUCCACAGCAUGGAGUAUUUUGGGCAGAUCUCCAUCGGGACCCCCCCCCAGAACUUCACUGUGAUAUUCGACACGGGCUCCUCCAACCUCUGGGUGCCGUCUGUCUACUGCAUCAGCAAAGCCUGCGCUGAGCACACCAGGUUUCAGCCGUCACUGUCCAGCACGUACCAGUUGGUAGGGACCCCCUUCUCCAUCCAGUACGGGACCGGCAGUUUGACGGGGGUCAUCGGAUCUGACCAAGUAGUCGUCGAGGGCCUCACCGUGAGCAACCAGCAGUUUGCAGAGAGCAUCAGCGAGCCGGGAAAAGCCUUUCUGGAUGCAGAGUUUGACGGGAUCCUGGGGCUGGCUUACCCCUCGCUGGCUGUGGAUGGGGUCACCCCUGUCUUCGACAACAUGAUGGCACAAAAUCUGGUGGAUCUGCCCAUGUUCUCCGUCUACAUGAGCGCCAACCCUGACUCCUCCAUAGGAGGAGAGCUGCUCUUUGGUGGCUUUGACCCCUCUCGCUUCACGGGGACCCUGAACUGGGUGCCGGUCACCCAGCAAGGGUACUGGCAGAUCCAGCUGGACAACAUCCAGCUGGGUGGGGCAGUGGCUUUCUGCGGGAACGGCUGCCAGGCCAUCGUGGACACGGGGACGUCGCUCCUCACAGGUCCCACCAAGGAUAUAAAAAAAUUGCAAAAGGGUAUUGGUGCCAUACUUGUGGAUGGAGAGUACGCCGUGGAGUGCAGCAACCUCAACACGAUGCCCGACGUGACCUUCACCAUCAACGGGCUCCCCUACACGCUCAGCGCCCAGGCCUACACCCUCAUGGAGUACAGCGACGGCAUGGCCAUCUGCACCAGCGGCUUCCAGGGCAUGGACAUCCCCCCUCCCGCUGGACCCCUCUGGAUUUUGGGCGACGUUUUCAUCCGACAGUUUUACUCCGUCUUCGACCGUGGAAAUAACAGGGUGGGGUUGGCCCCCGCCAUCCCUUAG